AUAAUAUAUAUAUAUAUAUAUAAUAGUAGAGUAGUAUGUGUAAAUCAUUGCGACCAUAACCUCAAAUUGAAUGAAAUAUAAACCAGAAUAGAAUAUUGCAGCAGAGUGUAUAAUAAAAGUUUAUUGUCGGAAAUUAUCAUGUCACUCGCGCGAAGAGGACAGCAUUGGGGAACAUUCGCCCGUAUUUGGCAUAUAUAUGAUGCAACAUGGCAAGACCCAUAUAAAAGUGCAAGGUUAAUAAAGCACUAUCUUAUGGGAAUGCAUAAACCAAUUUAUCAUCCAUUGAAUGAUUGUGGCGAUCAUGUAGUAGUAAUAAACAGCAAGGAGAUUGCUUUACGCGGCGAUGAGUGGCGAAAACGUGUAUAUUUCCAUCAUACAACAUAUCAUGGAGGUGCUACUUGGACUCUCGCAUGGGAAUUACAUAACAAGGAUCCAACUCUGAUUGUACAAAAGGCUGUAUAUAGAGAAUUGCCAAAAAACUUGCAACGGAAACAUACCAUGCAAAGGCUGCAUAUAUUCCCAGACAAUAAGAUACCCAAGGAUAUAUUCAAAAAUAUUAGCAAUCAACUUAAACAGCUAAGAACCGUCCCAGUUCGACUAGAUCAUAUUCCACAGGAAGAAAUAGAUAAUAUCCCACAACUUUUAAAAUACCCCAAAAAUUACAUUCUUAAAUAAGUUUAAUGUAAAUAUUAUAUAAUGUAAAUGUAUUCAGAAAAUAAUAAUACACAUUUUAAUAAUAA